AUGGCACAAGACUCGAAACUAAGUAUGGCUUCAGACUCCGAGAAGCUUGAGCCUCGUCAGCCUCAAAAUGAGACCCGCGAAUUCAACACCAGGUCGGUUCUCACUAUCGUUGGCGCGGCCUUGUCAGCCUUCUGCACGGUCGGCUUCCUCAAUGCGUUCGGCCUCUUUAUAGACUACUACCGGAAUCAUCAAUUGGCCGACAAGUCCGAGUUUGACAUAUCCUGGAUUGGAUCCUUCUCCACAUUUGUGUUCUUCCUCGCCGCAGCUCCAGCAGGCCUUUUGGUAGAUCGCAUGGGUCCCACGAUUCUCCUUAUCAUUGGAAGCACAGCGACCCUCCUUGCCAUGUUCAUGAUCUCCCUGUGUCAUGAGUAUUACCAAUUCUUCCUCGCACAAGGACUUCUCCUGGGCAUAGGGCAGGCCUUUCUCAUCUGUCCUGUCUUUGCCAUGGUUAGCCGUCACUUUAACAAGAACCGCGGACUGGCGACCGGCUUCACGAUCGCAGGCUCCUCCUUGGGUGGGGUUAUCUGGCCCAUAAUGGUGGAUCAACUUCUAUAUAAACACGGCAUCAGUUUCGGUUGGACCAUCCGCAUCAUUGCUUUCACGAUGCUUCCGCUCGUGGCAGUUACCUGCAUCACUGUCCGUCCGCCAGCAUCAGAAAAGACCUCGAGCGAAGAGAAUGUCCAAGCCGCGCAGGAAAAGCAAUCAAAGAAAACAGACUUGUCGAUUCUCAAGAGUCGCGUGUUUCUCACAUUUUGUCUUGGGAUAGGGAUAUACUACCUGGGAAUGUUCUCCCCUUUCUUCUUCGUGACAACCUACGCCGUCAGCCUCGGUCUAUCCACCAGUUUCGCCUUCUACCUGGUUUCCAUCCUCAACGCUGCCUCAUUUUUCGGGAGAAUUUCGGCUGGUUGGGCCGCUGACAAGUAUGGACACUUCAACAUGUGCUCACUAGCGGCGAUGACAUCUGCAGUGGUUGCAUAUUGCUGGACGGCUACCCAGUCGCCGGCAGGUCUUGUGGUGUGGAGCUUGGCUUAUGGGUUCUGUUCUGGUUCCAUCCUGAGUCUCCAGGUGUCGUGUGGAACGAAACUGGCCGCGCCCGAAGCCUAUGGUACCGCUGUUGGGAUGAUUAUGGGAAUUGUCUCCUUGACCGGACUCUUCGGCUCCCCCAUCAGUGGCCAAUUGAUCAAGUCCGGUUACCUUUCCCUUUCAAUGUAUGCUGGAAGUGCACUAGUGGUUGGGGGCAUAUUUAUUUGUCUUGCACGACUUCAGAUCUCGCGGAAGCUGCUGGCUAUUGUCUGA